AAUUCUCAAAUUGCCUUUAAAAGUAUUCCCUUUUAGUUUAAGUUUUACCGCUCCCAUUUUAAUACUCUUUCUCACAUCGCGCACAUUCAGAUCCUUUUAACGCCAACCCAUUAUUGCCUUUUCGUUAAUUACGGCAAUGACUCGCCUAUUUCGAUCCAAAUCUUGCGGACUGGUCGAGUUCAACGCUGCUCCGCCGAGUCCACUUUUCCACGAUGUGAAGGAUGAGGAAGAAGAAGAAGAAGAAGAAGAAUUGGACAGUGAUGAAGAAGAAGAAGAUGACGAUGAAGAGGAUGAUUCGAGCAACCCGGUUUCAACGCCGUUCAUCAAUCAAGGAUCAAAAGUUGAUAACAAAGGUUGGCGUGGACAUGGGUGCGAGAACCACAAUCAGAACCAGUUUGCAAUAUUGGAUAUUGUGGUGGCUGCGCUGAAGAAGUCACUGGUCACUUGCAGUGUGGAGAGAGAGGACGUUUCUGCCCUGGAUAUUAGCUGGCCCACAGAGGUUCGCCAUGUCUCGCAUGUUACCUUUGAUAGGUUCAAUGGCUUUCUCGGUUUGCCCUCUGAACUCGAGCCAGAGGUUCCCAAGAGAGUCCCUAGUGCCAGCGCAAAGGUAUUCGGAGUUUCUGCAAAGUCAAUGCAGUGCUCUUAUGAUGAAAGGGGGAACAGUGUCCCAACGAUUCUGCUGAUGAUGCAAAAGCGAUUGUAUUCAGAGGGAGGCCUUAAAGCAGAAGGAAUAUUCCGAAUUAAUGCUGAUAACAGCCAAGAAGAGUUUGUGCGUAAUCAGCUAAAUAGAGGUCUAGUGCCACGUGGAAUCGACGUUCACUGUUUAUCUGGUUUAAUAAAGGCUUGGUUUAGAGAGCUUCCAACAGGGGUACUUGAUUCUCUGACCCCGGAACAGGUCAUGCAUUGCAACACAGAAGAGGAUUGCACCAAUCUUAUGAAGUUGCUUCCUUCAACUGAAUCUGCAUUGCUAGACUGGGCAAUCAAUUUGAUGGCAGACGUUGUUGAGCAAGAACAGUUCAACAAAAUGAAUGCUCGCAAUAUUGCCAUGGUUUUUGCGCCCAACAUGACGCAGAUGGCAGACCCUUUGACUGCAUUGAUUCAUGCAGUGCAAGUGAUGAACUUCCUCAAGACAUUGAUUUUGAAGACGCUUAGAGAAAGAGAUGAAUCAAUUGCCAAGGCGAGACAGCUUUCAUCACUCUUUGAUUCAGCCUCCUGCAAAGGUGACUCCCAUCCUUCAAAGCUUAGCAACAGGGAGGAAUCUUGUGAGCAAAGUGAGGGUACUUGUGCCACAAAGCCAACCAUCAAAAGCAAGUUCACGAGGACUUCAACUUUGGGAAGAAUAGAGUGGUGUAUUGAAGAGAAACUUUGGAGCACUGAGGAUAAGGGUAAUGGAGGAGGGGAAUUUGAGUGUGCUUCAGGUGGUAACUCACCUUCUAGAUAUGAGAAUGGUCCAUUAGAGAAUAGAUAUAGAGGUAUAUAUGACAAUGAACAUUGGGUGAGAUUGAGAAAAGGAGUGCGCAGGCUAUGCAGGCACCCAGUGUUUCAAUUGAGCAAGCCAACUAAGAAGCGUGAAAGUCUUGGUAUUGUAAAUACUAGGGAAGCAAAUGGAGAGGCUUGGGCCUAA